AUGCCGAUGACUUGGAACGCGCAGGCCGAUGCUCGGCUACUGCUCGCUAUUAUCAAGACUUCACCAAAAAUAGACCUAAAGGCCGUUGUUAAACAUAUGGGUAACGAAUGUACCGAGAAAGCUCUUAGACACAGAAUUGGGAGACUCCAGAGCUUGGCUGCUGGUGAUGGCGAGACAUCGGCUCCAACAACGCCCACUAAAUCUCCCAAGACCCCCAAAACCCGUGCCCCGGUUUUGAGGGCUACUCAUAGCUCUUCAGCGGGGAAGCGCAAAGCUACCAUGAAGACCGAUGACGAACCAGAGGUAAAGAAAGAGGGUGAAACGAAAAAGCUGAAGGUUGAGGAGGAUUACGAAGAUUUGGAUUUUGCUUAA